AUGGCAUUCAUACUUUUUGGAGACCAUUCGGUCGACACAUAUUCAUUCCUUGCCAACUUCUGUCAUCAUAGUUCACCUAGUCUUCUCUCAAAAACAUUCCUUGACCAAGUCAGCGAUGCGCUCUCCAGAGAAAUUCAAUCUUUGUCAAAUUUGGAAAGAAACAAGAUUCCACACUUCGUCAGCAUCGAGGAUUUGAACCAGCGAUAUCAUGAUAGAGGAAUUAAGCACGCGGGUGUUGAAGGUGCUUUGUUGUGUAUCACUCAAUUAGCACAUUAUCUCGAGUAAGUUUACACUUGAAUACUUCCAUUUGACGCCCACGCUAACUUUAUUGUAGACGCGCUGAAAAGGUGCCAGAGGACUUCACAUCGCCUGAUACCACCACUCUCGUCGGUACUGGCAUUGGCCUGUUUGCUGCUGCUGCUGUAUCAUGCUCGCCAUCUCUUUCAUCCCUUCUGCCCAUUGCGGUGCAAGCAUCAAUACUCUCUUUCAGAACUGGUUGUUUUAUUUCAACUUUGUCUGGGCAGCUUAGCGGUAGUAGCGACAAUGCCAGCUCUUGGGCAUACACCGUUUCAGGUGAUGAACUAUCAAGUUUAAAAGCCAUUCUUAACUUUAAUGAAUCCAAUGUAAGCAUUUUGACAACGUGUAACUAAACUAGCUAACAUCUUUACAGCAAAUUUCUCCUGCAGCUUGCGCAUAUAUUACUUCUGUAACUCCUACAUCUGUAUCGAUUAGCGGACCUCCAUCUACAUUAAAAGGCUUGUGGUCCUCGGACGCUUUCAAGUCAACGCCAACAGCGUUACCUGUAUACGGCGCUUACCAUGCUCCACACCUCUACCCUGAGGUACAGGUCGAGAAGUUUUUGCGGCUUCGGGAUUCUUAUGUAUUGAAAUCCUGCUGCCCUUGCAUACAAUUGUCAUCAUCUACUGGGCAAUCUUUCAACGCCUCAAGCUCAUCCGAGCUCUUCGAGCAGAUAACCCUCGAGGUUUUGACGAGAUGUGUGCGACUCCAGAACAUUCUAGACGCACAGAAACUUCCCGAGAAUGGUUCUCGGUGCUUGGUCAUCCCAAUUGGGCCAACCGAUAUCGCCAACUCUGUAGUUGAUUUCCUCAAAACAAAAGCUCAGGUAGAUGUCAUUCUGCGACGAGCACCAUUUUCAGCCAGUGAUUCUGCACCAAAUAUCGGCAGUGGGCUUUCUAGCACAGGAAAGCUAGCCAUCGUCGGUAUGGCUGGUAGAUUUCCCGACGCCGCAAGCCACGAAAAGUUGUGGGAACUUCUUGAAAAGGGUCUCUCUGUCCACAGAGAGGUCCCUAAGGAUCGAUUCCCUGUCGAAACACAUGUCGACCCUACAGGCAAAACAAAGAAUACGAGUCACACACCAUUUGGUUGCUGGAUCGAAAACCCCGGUCUUUUUGAUCCUCGGUUUUUCAAUAUGUCACCACGAGAGGCGUUCCAAACGGAUCCCAUGCAGAGGAUGGCCCUCACGACUGCCUUCGAGGCUCUAGAGAUGUCGGGUUAUAUUCCGAACAGGACGCCUUCGACUAAGUUGGACCGUAUUGGCACGUUCUAUGGUCAGACUUCUGACGAUUGGCGUGAGAUUAACGCAGCUCAGGAUGUAGAUACAUACUAUAUCACCGGAGGAGUUAGAGCUUUCGGUCCUGGCAGAAUCAACUACCAUUUCGGCUUUAGUGGUCCUUCCUUCAAUAUCGAUACUGCUUGCUCUUCCAGUGCGGCAGCACUCCAGUUGGCUUGCACUUCGCUGUGGGCCAAAGAUUGUGAUACUGCCAUUGUUGGUGGGUUGUCAUGCAUGACGAACAGCGAUAUUUUCGCUGGGUUGAGUCGUGGUCAAUUUCUCUCGAAGAAAGGUCCAUGUGCAACUUUCGACAACGAGGCAGAUGGAUACUGCAGAGCAGACGGUGUUGGUACCAUCAUCGUAAAGCGCCUUGAGGAUGCUCAGGCAGAUAAGGAUAACAUCUUGGCUGUUAUUCUCGGUACGGCAACAAAUCACUCUGCUGACGCUGUAUCCAUCACGCAUCCCCAUGGAGGCACUCAAGAAGCUCUCUAUCGUUCCAUUCUCCGAAAAGCGGGUGUUGACCCACUUGACAUUGACUACGUCGAGAUGCACGGCACAGGAACCCAGGCUGGAGACGGUACCGAAAUGGUCUCUGUCACAAACGUCUUCGCUCCAGCUGAUCGAAAGCGAACCGCCGAGCAGCCUCUAUAUCUUGGUGCUAUAAAGGCAAAUGUUGGCCAUGGUGAGGCAGCUUCAGGUGUAACGGCUCUCAUCAAGGUCCUCAUGAUGCUUCAGAAAAAUGCCAUCCCACCCCAUGUAGGCAUUAAGGGCGUCAUCAAUCAAGGCUUUCCCAAAGACCUUUCCGAGCGCAACGUCAACAUUGCGUUUCACAAGACCCCUCUGCGUGCAAGAGCUGGUCAGCCUCGUCGUGUAUUCGUCAACAACUUCAGCGCAGCUGGUGGUAACACGGGUCUUCUACUCGAAGAUGGCCCAGCAUAUAACAUUGCUUGCGUCGAUCCUCGCUCCAUGCAUGUGGUAUCCGUCACAGCGAAGUCUAAGUCUGCAAUGUUGCGCAAUGCUUCUAGAUUGGUCGAGUAUUUGGAUGCCAAUCCAAAAAUCACCAUUUCAGAUCUUGCUUAUACAACUACUGCACGACGGAUCCAGCACAAUUGGCGCAUGACGAUUUCUGCCUCUGACGUAGAGCAGGCCAAAGCCUCCAUUCAGAGCAAGAUGAACGAUACGUUUGUGCCUGUUCUUCCAACAGCUCCAAAGAUUGUAUUUACCUUCACUGGUCAAGGAUCGCAUUAUGCUGGUCUGGGAUCAGAUCUCUAUGCCAAUUCAAUCACCUUUCGAGACAACAUCAAAGAAUUUGACAACAUCAGUAGAAUUCAUGGCUUCCCAUCAUUCAUACCACUAAUUGAUGGAAGCGAGCCAGAUGUAUCUACCUUGUCGCCUGUUGUUGUUCAGAUCGGUAUGGUCUGUUUCGAAAUUGCCAUGGCUCGCUUAUGGGAGUCUUGGGGAAUCAUUCCAAGUGUUCUUGUUGGCCAUAGUCUGGGCGAAUAUUCCGCACUCUGCGUUUCUGGCGUAUUGUCAGUGAGCGACACAAUCUUCCUGGUUGGAUCAAGAGCCAAGUUGCUCGUCGAGAAAUGCACUGCCAAUACGCACGCAAUGCUCGCUAUCCAUGGCUCUGUCGAAACUAUCACUGAAGCCUUACCGCACAUGGCAGGCAAACUCAGCGUCGCCUGCAUUAACGGCCCACGGGAGACUGUAUUGGCCGGAGAGGCUUCCGAGAUGGUUGAUCUUGCCGAUCAACUUACAAAGGCUGCCUUCAAGUGCACCAAGCUCCAAGUGCCUUUUGCAUUCCACUCUGCUCAGGUCGACCCCAUCCUAGAUGACUUCGAGAAACUUGCAUCAUCUGUGCGAUUCGAUAAGGCUAACAUCCCAUUGAUCUCACCACUUCUGAGCCGCCCUAUUACUGACGCUCACUCAGUCGGACCAGAUUAUCUCAGAAGACACGCUCGUGACGCCGUCAACUUCCUCGGUGGACUGGUCUCUGCUCAAGAACUUGGUUUCAUCAACGAAAAGACGGUCUGGGUCGAGGUCGGUCCACACUCCGUUUGCUCAGGCAUGGUAAAGGCAACUUUUGGCGCCACCACCAUUACAGCACCCUCUCUACGAAGAAAGGAAGACCCUUAUAAGACAAUUUGCUCCAGUUUGUGUGCCUUGCAGACGGCCGGUGCGAACAUCGACUGGAACGAGUAUCAUCGUGACUUUUCUGACUCCGUUCGCCUACUUGACCUACCAAGCUAUUCUUACGAUGACAAAAACUACUGGAUCCAGUACGAGGGUGAUUGGUCGCUGAACAAGGGUCGCACUCCAGCGGCUGCCCUGCCAGCUCCAAAGGCAGUACAAAAGCCAAGAUUAUCUACGACAAGCAUUCACAACGUCGUUAAAGAAGUCAUCAAUGAUAAGAUCGCUACUGUGGUCACUGAGACAGAUAUUUCCAGACCUGAUAUCCGACCUCUCGUUACAGGACAUGUUGUCAAUGGUGCAUACCUCUGUCCAUCUUCUUUGUACGGUGACAUGGCAUUGACUGUCUGCGAGUAUGCAUACAAAUUGAUUGACCCAGACGUCAAGGAUCUUGUCAUGGAUGUCAACCAUAUGGAAGUGCCAAAGUCUCUGAUUGCGGAUCCUGGUGGAAAAUCCCAAGUCUUGACUCUCAGUGUCACCUGCGACACACGCCUUGGAUCUGCCGAUCUUGUCUACUCAAGUGGAUCUGGAAAGGAUAAGGUUGAGCACGCUCACUGCAAAGUUUUGUUUGGCAACAGAGCAGAUUACCUUGCAGAAUGGCAGCGCCAGUCUUACCUCAUCCAGUCUCGCGUUGACUGGCUCAAGAAAGCAGAGGCGGAGGGCGAGGCGCACAAGAUUGGACGAGGCUUAGCGUACAAGCUGUUCGCUGCGCUUGUUGACUACGAUAAGCGAUACCGGGGCAUGGAGGAGGUUAUCCUCCAUAGCGAGAACAUGGAGGCUACUUCUCGCGUCGUUUUCCAGACGACACCAGAGGAUGGAACAUUCAUGUGCAGUCCAUACUGGAUUGAUAGUGUUGCCCACAUCUCGGGCUUCAUUGUCAAUGGCUCAGACGCUGUGGAUUCCAAAGAAAAUGUCUAUAUCAGUCACGGGUGGCAGUCACUGAGAGUUGCAGAGCCGCUCUCUGUUGACAAGCAGUAUCGAUCGUAUGUACGAAUGCAGCCAGCAGAGAAGAAGGUUCUUGUUGGAGAUGUCUUUGUCUUCGAUGGAGAUCGCAUUAUUGCUAUGGUUGGAGGUCUCAAGUUCCAGUGCAUUCAACGCCGUGUUCUCAACAUGUUGAUGCCACCUGUCGGUGCAGCCGCACCGGCUGCUCGCCCCGCACCUCGUCAAGUACCACCUGCCCUCAAACUUGCCACUAAGAAGCCUUCCAAGACCGCUCAAGUUACUAUGAAGACUAUCUCAACUGUCAACAAGAGGCUCGCAUCAGUGUGCUCAGGCGCCAUGGAUAUUCUUGCAGCUGAAAUAGGUGUCAGUCUAGACGAGCUUGUGGACAAUAUCGCAUUUUCCGAUCUUGGUUGCGAUUCGUUGAUGGCUCUCACUGUCUGCGGAAGACUGCGCGAGGAACUUGAGAUUGAUGUUCCGUCAAAUGCAUUCAUUGAUCAUCCCACAAUUGGUGAGUUCAAGCUAUUCUUGAGCAAGUACGAGCGCAAGGAUACACCAACCGAAGGCUUGGACUCACCCGCAAGCCACGAACAGACGACUCCUGAUUUGGAAGAAGACCAUGACACUGAUUUCACCACACCGGAUGAAAGCUCCUCAGAGUCUGGCAAGGAGUCGUUAGUCGGUGACUCUGAGCUCGAAAGCAUUAUCCGCACGACCAUCGCCGGCGAAAUGGGUGUUGAUAUUGAAGAAAUCAUCGAUGCUCAUGAUCUCUCCACUAUGGGCAUGGACUCGCUUAUGAGUUUGACGAUCCUUGGCAUACUUCGAGAGAAGACUGGCAUGUCACUGCCAUCUGAUCUUCUUGCUAACAACCCCUCCAUCAAAGCGAUUGAGAAGUCACUCAACGUGGGCGUUCAGAAGCCCACCGCGCCUGCCAAAGUUGUCAAAUCUGCCAAAGUCGCACCAUCACAGUCUGCACCCGCUAAGUCAACGCCUGAGCGCCUAGCGACAUCAGUGCUGCUGCAAGGAAAUUCGAAGAGAGCUACCAAGCAUCUUUGGAUGGUUCCUGACGGCGGUGGGUCCGCGACCUCCUACACGACCAUAUCAGAGAUCGCACCUCAUGUUGCUGUUUGGGGAUUGAAUUCUCCAUACAUGAAGGUCCCUGAAGAAUAUAAUUGCGGCGUGUCUGGAAUGGCUACACAUUUCAUCAAAGAGAUGAAACGUCGCCAGCCAACUGGUCCUUACCUUCUCGCAGGCUGGAGUGCAGGUGGAGUCAUCGCUUUCGAGGCCAGCAGGCAGUUGGUCAAGAAUGGUGAUGUGGUUGAGCACUUGAUCCUCAUCGACUCUCCUUGUCCAGACAUCAUCGAACCACUUCCAUCAUCCCUUCACAAGUGGUUUGGUGAGAUCGGACUCCUCGGUGAUGGAGACUUCACCAAACUUCCACCUUGGCUACUCCCCCAUUUCGCUGCUUCGGUCAAUGCUCUGUCAAACUAUACAGCUGAACCGAUCGAUUCCAAGAAAUCGCCUUUUACCACUGCGAUUUGGUGUGAAGAUGGCGUCUGCCAUCUCCCAACAGACCCUCGUCCAGACCCUUUCCCUUAUGGACAUGCUCAGUUCUUGCUCGACAACCGAACUGACUUCGGACCCAACCAUUGGGACAAGUACGUCAAUACUUCGAGACUUGUCACUCGACAUAUGCCAGGAAACCACUUCAGUAUGAUGAAGGGAGAUUUGGUAAGUCAACUUCUCUUCUUUACAUUGAUCCGCCACUAACACAAUAUCAGGCUCGUCAGCUCGGAGAGAUUAUUCGCGGAGCUAUUUUGGAAGAAUCGUAGAUUUGUUUUUGUUCUCUUCGUUUCUGUUCUUCAUGAGUUUCUUUUGUUUGGGGGGAUGUAUAGAGGGGUCGAUAGCAAUGAAGUAGGAAGGAAUGUCUUCAAUGCUUGUGAUUUCUUUGAUUUUUUGUUGUCUGGUUGUUUGGGAUUUAGCGUUCAAGGCUUAUAAACCGUUCUGUUGUCUACUCAAAU